AUGUCAAGAUCGGGUUCUUCAAUUACCCUGUCUACCGCUGAAACUCACAAGGUGACAGGGAUUACAAUGAGCAUCUUAAGACCAGACGAAAUUGAAGCUAUGUCAUGUGCCCAGAUCACCCACACUGACAUCUACGACGAAGAAGGCCGACCCCGCGAUGGAGGUAUCAACGAUCUUCAUAUGGGAACUAACGACAAUCUCCUACUCUGCAAGACCUGCAACGGCAAGAAAAACGACUGUCCAGGGCACUUUGGGCAUAUAAAACUAGCCAGGCCAGUCUACCACAUUGGCUUCCUCAAUGAGCUUCGGCGCACUCUGCGUUCAGUCUGCUUCAAGUGUUCAAGGCUACUAGCUGACCAAAACGAUCCUAAGUUCAAAGAAGCUGUGUCCAUAAAAUCGCCUAAAGCGAGAGGCAAAAAGCUUUACAAGAUCUGCGAAGGGAUCAAAAGAUGCACAGCUGGAGCUCCAGUAAAAGGCGACGACGAAAUCGAAGGCUCAGAGUUCGGCCCUUGUGGCUGUGUCCAGCCAAAAAUCGUCAAGGAUGGCAUCGGGCUUACUGUGGAAUUCGCUGAAGCAGUUGACAACUGUCCAGACCGCAAAAGGAAAUUGAGCGCAGAAGAAGCUUUGGGAAUCCUCAAAAAAAUUUCUGACGUGGAAUGUGAAGCCUUAGGAUUUGACCCUGCAAGAUCAAGGCCUGAUUGGAUGAUUAUUCAAGUACUUCCAGUGGCUCCACCUGUGUGCAGACCUUAUGUCGCGUUGGAUUCUUCAUUGAGAUCAGAAGAUGACUUAACUCACCAGUACACUCAGAUCAUCAAAACAAAUAUAAAGCUUCAAAAUGAAAUCCAGAACGGCGCAGCCCAGCAUCUAAUCAACCAAGACACCAUGGUCCUUCAGUUCCAUAUAGCCACACUUUUCAAUAAUGAAUUACCUGGGCAACCUCAAUCAAAGCACAGAUCUGGAAAACCGAUAAAAAGUAUAAGUCAACGACUUAAAGGAAAAGAAGGCAGAAUUAGAGGAAAUUUAAUGGGGAAAAGAGUCGAUUUUUCAGCAAGAACAGUCAUUACUCCUGACCCAAAUUUGUCAUUAGACCAGCUUGGAGUACCAAGAACUAUUGCGCUUAACUUGACAAUCCCUGAGACUGUGACUCAUUUCAACAUGGAAAAAAUGAGACAACUUGUAGAAAAUGGCCCAGGGCAGCAUCCAGGCGCGAAAUAUAUCAUAAGAACAGAUGGGUCAACUAUUGAUUUACGAUAUGUCAGAAGAAAUACAGAAAUGCAUUUGGAGUAUGGCUAUAAAGUAGAGCGGCAUAUAAAUAACGAUGACUAUGUGAUAUUUAACAGACAACCAUCACUACAUAAAAUGUCUAUGAUGGCACAUAGGAUUAAAGUGCUGCCAUAUUCUACUUUUAGGCUUAACCUGUCAGUCACCACGCCUUAUAAUGCUGAUUUUGAUGGUGAUGAAAUGAAUAUGCAUGUCCCUCAAAGCUUGGAGACUAAAGCAGAAUUACGAGAAAUCAUGCAUGUGCCUAGACAAAUUGUGUCACCACAAGGAAAUAGGCCUGUUAUGGGUGUUGUCCAAGAUUCACUUUUGGGGUGCUCACUAUUUACAAGGAGAGACACGUUUCUUGAGCUUCAUGAAGUCAUGAAUUUGCUGAUGUGGGUUGAAGCUUUUAACGGAAAACUCCCGAAUCCUGCAAUUCUUAAGCCUCGGCCAUUGUGGACUGGCAAGCAAGUGUUUUCCCUUAUCAUCCCUGAAGUAAACAUUUUGAGGUAUUCAAGCACCCAUGACCCUGAAAAAGACGCAUCAGUCAGAGAUACAGAAGUUUUAAUAGAAAGAGGAGAAUUACUAACUGGAAUUGUAGACAAGAGAACUGUCGGAGCUUCAUCAGGGUCACUUAUUCACGUAAUUUGGAUGGAGCAUGGGCCACAAGCUACCUCUGAUUUCUUAUCACAAUGCCAAAAAGUCAUAAACAACUGGCUGCUUAUCCAUGGUUUUUCUGUAGGAAUUGCUGAUGCUUUAGCAGAUCCUCUAAGCUUAAACGAAAUCAAGAAAACACUGCUAACUGCGAAACAAAAAAUUAACAAAUUAAUUCAACGUGCGAGAGAAGGUAAAAUUCCUUGCCAGCCUUGGAAGAAAAAUUAAAUGGUAACGAUGACGAAAUUGGACCCAAGGCACACCUCCUGAUAGAGCAGUAGGCAGGCGCGAUAGUGGCGAAAAGUGCUCCUAGUGAGCGAAGUAGACAUCUCAAAGAUAGCCUGACGAAAUAGGGGCUUAUAUUUUCUCGCCUAAAUGCUGCCUAUCCCUAUAAAACACCUCUGGCUAUACCUUAUCGGGGCAAGCGGGGCACUUUCCAGUGACUUUGCCCAGAGGAGCUAAUCCCUAGACAGGAGGCUAAGUUCGGAUCAUCCAAGAGGGCAGACUCCUAAUUUCCUCAUUUGCACUCUGAGAUCUAUGGGGACUGCUUUUUUCAAACCGAGACAAGGCAAAGGGUAGUGCUUCAGCGCUUAUGGCCAGGUUAAUUUUAAGCAUAGCUUUGCCAGCCUGGCAAAAAUAUGAUGGAGAGUUUCGAAUUUAAAGUGAAUACCAAGCUAAACGCUGCUCGUGAUAAAGCAGGAGAACUAGCAGCUAAGUCUUUAAGUGUGAGAAAUAACGUCAGAGCUAUGGUCAAUGCAGGAAGCAAAGGUUCAGAAAUUAACAUCUGUCAGAUCAUGUCUUGUGUCGGCCAACAAAAUGUAGAAGGCAAGCGUAUUCCUUUUAACUUCACCAAGCGAGCCAUCCCUCACUUCUGUAAAGAUGAUUAUGGUGCUGAAUCUAAAGGCUUCGUUGAAAAUUCUUACAUUUCUGGGCUAACACCUCAAGAGUUUUUCUUCCAUGCUAUGGGUGGCAGAGAAGGACUAAGUGAUACUGCAGUUAAAACUAGUGAAACUGGCUACAUUCAGCGUAGGCUUAUGAAAGCUUUAGAAGAUGUCAUGGUCAAAUACGAUGGCACAGUCAGAAACUCGACUGGUAUGAUUUUACAGUUCUUAUAUGGAGAAGACGGAAUGGCUGGAGAAUAUAUAGAAGAUCAAGCUAUGGAAAGCUUGAAGAUGGACUUAGAAGUGCUUACUUCCUCUGUUUAGCGAGCAAAAUCAUUAAAAAAUCCCUUUGGAAAAAUUAAUCAAGCAAAAAACAUUUUAUAUAUAUUUACUGAGAUAAAUUAUAUUCUAAUAUACAAUCUAUUUUAUUUUAAAGUUUACGUUUUACAAAAUAAACUAUCGAAAAUUUAAUAAAAUAUAGUUGUAGAUUGGUGAUAAUGAUUUUAGUUAUCCUUCAAAUAUUGCAAUUUGAUUCUUUUAAUAAAUUUUUAAAAACAUUCCUCUGUUAAGUAAAUAUUUCUUGCUCGCUAACCAAAAUGGGGAGUUAAGAAAAACUUUGAAUUCCCUUGACCCUAGCAUAGAAAUUAAAUGGUUUCGUUGAGGAAAAUUGGACUCCCUAUGGAGCUUAGACCAUCCUGAUAAAGCUGAAAACAGGGUUUCUCCCCUUUUUGAAGUAGGCCUUUAAACCUUAGUGAUACCUUACUGAGGAGGGAAGUUUUGUUUCUCCCACGAAGGUUUUCUUAUCCCUGCCAUAUGGGCGAGACAGGCUUUGCCUACCACAUGGUGCUUCCUUAUUGGAACCAGCGGGGCACUCUUCAGACGGUGGCUCUGCCCAAGGGAGUUAAUCCUUUGGACAGGUAUUUCAGGUCGAAAAUUCAAGAUAGAUAGCCUUCUAUUUCCUCAUUUCAACCAGGAGGUCUAUGGAGGCUGCUCUUUUGGAGCUGAGGUGAGGUAAGGCUAGCGGGUUCCCCACUUAUGACCCAGAUUAGCCGUUUAUUUUAAUAAUUGACCCUAGUAAAGAAGAGCCUGAUGUAACUAUGGAAAAAUAUAGAAAUGCGAUAGACACUGAAAUCAUCAAUGAUAUUUUACGCCAUCCAGAUCAUCAAAAAAGAAUGGUUGACGAGUUUGAACAGAUUAAGCAAGACCAAAGAGUGACUUCACAUGACAUCUUUACUACAACUACUAUUUUUUCCAGCCAAUUUUUUUGACUAUUCUUCCACUUAUAUUUUUUGAUCUAUUUUAUCGACUUUUUUAAUUAUUUUUUAUUUAUGUUUUUUGUCUAAUUGCUAUUGAAAUGAUUCCAUUUUAUUAUUAAAAACACUACAAAAAAAUAGGCAAGAAAAUAGUCUAAAAUAUAGGUGAUAAAAAAUAAACUGUAAAAGACUUUACAGUGUAGGUGCCGUGAGAAAGAACCAGACCAAAGAGACCUCAGAGUCAUUUUUGCGAAUCUUGAUGAUAAGCAGCAUUUCCCUGUAAACAUAAAGAGGCUUAUAUGGAACGCCAAGAAGAAAUUCAAUAUUACAGGUCUAAAUAAAAGCGAUUUACACCCUGUUCGGGCGAUAGAAAGGCUACAGGCACUUUUUGACAAAAUUUCAUUUACAAGUGGCUUUGAAAAGUGUGGAGUUGGAGCAGAAAAUGAUGCAACUAAGCUUUUUAUUAUCCACGUCAGGUCUUUGAUUUCUGCUAAAAGAGCAAUAAUAAAAGAAAGACUUACAAAUGAAGCUUUUGAAUGGCUGCUUGGAGAAAUUGAAGCAAGGUUUUACCAAGCUAAGUCUCACCCUGGCGAAAUGGUUGGGUCAAUUGCAGCACAGUCUUUGGGAGAGCCAGCAACACAGAUGACGCUAAACACUUUCCACUUUGCUGGAGUUUCAUCUAAAAACGUCACUUUAGGUGUGCCAAGACUGAAAGAAAUCAUAAAUGUUGCCAAAAAGAUAAAAACACCUUCACUAACUGUUUAUUUGACACCAGAAAAAGCUGGUGAUAGUGAUUUUGCAAAAGAAGUCCUCAGUCAAAUGGAAUAUACUACCUUAGGACAUGUAGUAGAAGCUUCAGAAAUCUACUAUGACCCGGAUCCAACCAGCACUAUUAUAGAAGAAGACUUAGAAUUUGUGCAGAGCUACUGGUUAAUGCCUGAUGAAGGAGUCUCAGCAGAAAAAAUGUCUCCAUGGCUACUUAGAAUAGUCCUUAACAAAAUUGCAAUUAUUGAUAAAAAUAUCACAAUGCUUGACAUCCACAACCAAAUUAACCAAGAGUAUCCAGGAGAUCUCCACUGCAUUUAUUCAGAUGAUAACGACGAGAGGCUGGUGCUUAGAAUCCGUGUCAUGAACGAUGAAGAAAAUAACUUGUCUGAUGAGCAGCUUUCCACAUGGAAGUUUUUAAAGGAGCUUGAAGGAAAUAUGCUACAAGAUUUGUGGUUGAAAGGGAUUGAGGACAUUACCAAGGUCGUCAUGAAAGAAGUUAAUACUACUUAUAUAAACCAAGAUGGAGCUAUAGCCAGACAAAAGCAAUGGAGACUGGAAACUGAUGGUGUCAAUCUGGCAAGUGUUUUAGCAUUAGAAGGAGUUGACCCUAAAAAAACGAUUUCUAACGAUCUAGUUGAAAUUACAAGGGUAUUAGGCAUUGAAGCUGUAAGGCAAGGACUCAUGAAAGAACUAACUUCCCCUCCAUAGGCGAAUAAAACCAGUGAAAAAAUCCCUAUUUUUUUGGUAAAAGCCCACCAUUAGUCAGCGAACAAAAAAUUUUUUAAUAUAGCGAUUUUUUAUAAAAAAAAAAAUUAAUAUAUAAGUGAUAAUUAUUAUAAUGAAAUCUCUAGUAAGUGAACAAAAAUUUUUUUUCGCUCAUGGAAGGGGAGUAAGAGAAGUCCUGAAUGUCUACGGUAUCUAUGUCAACUACCGCCAUCUUUCUAUUUUAUGCGAUGUCAUGACUCAAAGAGGCUAUUUAAUGAGCAUCACCAGGCAUGGUAUCAACAGAACCGAGUGUGGCCCAUUGAAAAAGGCUUCUUUCGAAGAAACUGUAGAAAUGCUUCUUGAAGCAUCAGCAUACUCAGAAGUCGACUAUUUGAAAGGUGUCACUGAAAAUAUUAUGCUAGGCCAGCUAGCACCAAUUGGGACUGGAGAAAUUGAUGUCAUGAUAAACACUGAUAUGAUUGUAAACGCUGCGACUAUAUAUGAUCCUCUGGAAAAUCCUGAUAUGUUAGAUGAGCCUUCAAGCUAUUCUAUUGAUCCUAACAGUGUAGGGACACCUAUUAAUAUUGCAACCCCAAGAGUGAUCUUACCAGAAAGUUCAAUGGCAACUACCCCCAGAGGAGAAACUCCACACAUAUAUGGCAGUUUUUCGCCUUAUGAAACUGUUCCUAGUCCUGCAAGCCACAGCAGUCCUUUUGUGAGAUAUUCCCCAGUGAUCCAUUCACCUGUAUACCAGCCGUCUCCAAAUGUGAUAUCAAGCCCUCGCUAUACCGACUCUUUGCAUAGCUAUUCUCCAUCAACAGGCUCAAUGAGACCAUUUAGUCCAUAUAGUAUCACUUCUCCAAGUGUUUCCCAUACAACUUCUCCUAACAUGCAGCAUUUCCCAUCACCUUCUCCAUAUUAUUCUCCUUCCCAUGCUGGAUAUUCACCUACAUCUCCAGCAUAUUCUCCUACUUCUCCUCAUUAUUCGCCUACUUCUCCUGCAUAUUCCCCUACAUCUCCGGCUUAUUCGCCAACUUCCCCUGCUUAUUCUCCCACUUCUCACACUUAUUCGCCUACUUCUCCUGCACAAAGCCCUGCUUAUUCAGGGUUAAGCUCUACCUCGCCGCAUACAAGAGCUCCUGCAUACUCUCCAUAUAUUUCGAGCCCUGCAUAUAGUCCUGCAAGUCCUUCUUAUAACCCUUCAUCUCCAAGAUAUAAUCCGGUUAGGACAACUGACUUGCAGCAUCUUCCUGGAAAAUGCAGCCCUAUUGAAGAAGAGAGUGAUGAAGAAGAGGAAGAAAUUCAACAGUCUAGAUAA